AUGGGAUCCAGAAGAUACGAUUCGAGAACCACGAUUUUCUCCCCUGAGGGUAGACUUUAUCAGGUUGAAUAUGCGUUGGAGUCGAUAUCCCAUGCAGGAACGGCAAUUGGGGUCAUGGCCAAAGACGGGAUCGCUUUGGCCGCAGAACGCAAAGUAACGAGUAAACUCCUCGAGCAAGGUAGCUCAACGGAAAAACUGUACAAGCUGAACGACAACAUCACGGUGGCGGUAGCAGGGUUGACCGCUGAUGCCGAAAUUUUGAUAAAUACGGCGCGGGUCCAUGCACAGAACUACUUGAAGACUUACAAUGAAGAGAUCCCUGUGGAGAUUCUGGUGAGACGUUUGAGUGACGUGAAGCAAGGGUACACCCAACACGGCGGUCUAAGACCGUUUGGCGCGUCUUUCAUAUACGCGGGAUACGACAAUAGAUACGGCUACCAGCUGUACACAUCCAAUCCCUCGGGCAACUACUCGGGCUGGAAAGCGAUCAGUGUGGGCGCCAACACAUCUGCUGCUCAAACUCUGCUGCAGAUGGACUACAAAGAUGACAUCACCAUGGAGGCUGCCAUGGAGCUGGCUUUGAAAACGCUUUCGAAAACUACUGAUUCCAGUACUUUGACUGCAGAGAGAGUCGAGUUUGCCACCAUCACUCGGACUGACGACGGUAAAAUUGUCCAAAAGAUAUUCAAACCUCAGGAAAUCGAAACUCUUCUAAAUAAGACAGGAGCCGCGAAGAAAGAAGAAGAAGAGUGA